AGAAGGGGUGUCUCAGCAGCUAUGGCCUGCACCGUACUGUCGACAGAGCCAUCUGUUGACGGUUCAGGAAUCUGCAGUUUUGUGUUUAUGUUUGCCCUCCGCUGCUACUGACUGAGCAAGUCCCAAGAUGAAUCCUUUAGGGAAUGCUCAGGGUACAGCUCCAUGUCAGAGAUUCUUGGGUGCAGGGAGUGGCAUUACUAGUGCUGAACGUGAUAAAAUAUACCAGUGGAUCAUUGAACUUGCGAACCCAGAAACAAGAGAAAAUGCUCUUCUUGAAUUGAGUAAGAAGCGAGAGUCUGUCCCUGAUCUUGCCCCACUGUUAUGGAACUCAUUUGGGACCAUUGCUGCUCUACUCCAAGAGAUCAUCAAUAUCUAUCCUGCUAUUAAUCCAGCCACACUCACAGCUCAUCAGAGCAAUAGGGUCUGCAAUGCUUUGGCUCUUCUUCAGUGCGUAGCUUCACAUCCAGAGACACGGUCUCAGUUCCUGGCAGCUCACAUUCCUCUGUACCUGUACCCAUUUCUACAAACUGUCAGCAAGACACGACCUUUCGAAUAUCUACGUCUCACUUCUCUGGGCGUCAUUGGUGCUCUGGUUAAGACCGAUGAACAGGAGGUUAUAAAUUUCCUGUUGACGACUGAGAUCAUCCCACUUUGUUUGCGUAUUAUGGAAUCAGGGUCAGAGCUCAGCAAGACGGUGGCUACAUUUAUCCUCCAGAAGAUCCUACUUGAUGAAACUGGACUGAACUAUAUAUGUCAGACCUACGAGCGAUUCUCUCACGUGGCAAUGAUCCUGGGUAAGAUGGUCAUUGCUUUGGCCAAAGAACAGUCUGCACGGCUGCUGAAACAUGUCAUCCGUUGCUACCUGAGGUUGUCGGAUAACCCAAGGGCACGAGAAGCCUUGCGCCAGUGUUUACCAGAUCAACUCAAGGACCAGACUUUUGCUGCAUGCCUCAAGGAUGACAAGUCCACCAAGCACUGGCUGCAGCAACUCCUGGCCAACCUGGAGUCCACAGCAACUGCCGACCCACGCAUUGCCCUUCCUCCUCUGGCCGCUCAAUGAAGCACGGCCGUGUUGGAGAUGCGUGGACUUCACUGCAAGUGUAUAUUGAUUGGUGAUGCUGUGAUCUGAUGUCAUCUUUAUCUGUAAAUGCCUUGCUGUUAUUGAUGCAGUGAUCAUUUGUGCAUCCCAGUUUGCAGGGAAAUAUACUGGUGGUGGUGGUGCAGUGAUCUAGGACAUCUUGUGCAAUCAUUUCUCAUACAGAGUGCUGUGAUAAAAAUAUACAAUUCUGUGCAGUUACAUUUCCCAGUGAUGCUAGCAGCUUGCUCUUUAGCAUGGCUGCUAUGAAAAUGGGGGAGUUUUCUAAAUGUUCCUUUAAAAUACCAAACAUUUCUUCAUGAGGUUUAAAAUUAACUUGUGAUGGUUGCCUAAUUUGAAAAUUUCCAAGAGAAUAUAUACUUGUAAAUAAUGCCAAAUACCAGUUAUUUUUAAGGCUGAUCAAUACAAACAGAACUUAUUCUUGAGAUUGGUGAAAUAAAAGAUAAUUAUCUUGAGAUAAUUAUAAUAUAUAUUACAAAAACCCUUUAUAAUUUAUUUUCCAUCUCAUAAUAGGGUUUAGAGCAUAUGACUAUCUCUCUUUAACUGUAUGUUGCUCUCUUCUGUACUGUACCUGGUUCAUCUAAAUAAGCGUUAAAUCAAAGGCAGGAUCGACAUGAAAUGUUUCUUAGUUCAAACAAUGAUGAAAGCAGUUGAAGUCAGAAAGUGUGUUGGACUCAAGACUGGUUAUUUGGUUCACAGGUAAGGAAAUAUAAGUACAACUCAUUAGGUUAUUUAUUUAAUGUAAUUAAGCACACACACUCCUUACCCAUGGUAGGUUUUGAAUGCAUUAAAAAGUACCGAGCUGUGCCAUAUUUAAAUUAUGGGAAAGAUUUUAUGAAAAUUAUGAAAAUUAAUCUGGUGGUAUUCCUAUUAGUUGGCAGUAAUUUCUGUGUAUAAAUGUCCAAGCCUCACUUUGCAUAAAGGUUGGCCUUAGAUCAAUUAUCAGAAAGUGUCCCAAGUGGCUAGACACAGUGUAAACGCCAGCGUAUCCUUGUUGCCUGAGGAUGAGUUGUUGCCGGCCAAAUCUGUGUUGUUAGUUGCUGCUUAUGGUAUCUUGGUUUAAAUUUUCUAGUCUAAUGUGGACUAAUUGUGUGUGAGAUACUUUCAGAAUAUUUCUGAAUGAAAAAUUGAUAUGAACUUGCUUCUCGAGUUAUGUUCAGUAACUAAAUUAAAAGGUAACAAAGUAUGGAAAGCCCAUAGCCUUUUCUAUUUGUAGGAAGUGUGUGUGCGCGCAUGUGUGUGUGUAUCUUGUAGUACCUAAUAAAAUGAUGAAACGUCAUGAAUGACAUGCAUAUCGUUACGUAUUUGACAUUUUGUUUAGCAAAUAUUUGGCAGGUCACUCUUGAAGUAUUUCUUCCUGCAAUGCUACAAUGUACAAGCCUCACAGCUUGCCACGACAGGGUAAAGCGAGAUCCAUGUAUGUUUACUUAUUUUAAGAAUGUCAAAUUUAUGUACUGAUUUUGAAAAUGAAUACAGUACAGUAAUGAUUUUUCAUUACCAUGUUUAGAUUUUCUCACUGUUUAAUUAGCAAUGGUUGAUGGAUGUUUUAAAAAGUACAGGUUUCUUAUGCAGUAAGACAAAUCUUUGCAAUUGUAUGGAUUAGCAUCGGUCCAAUGUGCAAGUGUUGUAGAUAUAUUCAAUUGGUGGCUCAGAAAUUGGUCCUUCCUAUGUUUACCCCUUACACUGCUCUAAUCUUGUUAACCUUCCAGUCUUGUUAAUCUAUAUACAGGUACUGCUCCAAUCACUAUAUGCAAUUUUUUCUAAUUUCCAUUUUUUGUUGUCAGGAACACCACACUGUAGCACUUUUAAUAAGCAUUAUUUUAUCUAGGUAUUUAUUAUUUACCUCUUGCUAGGUAUCUGCCCAUUUAAGUCAUCAGUAAUCAUUUUUAAAGACAACUAACAAAUGGGACUUUGUCAUAUGGAACAGAUACAGAGAUAUAGACAAAAACAUUAUACAGUACUGCACUUGUAUACUGCAAACAUAUGCAUGCACUGGAAUAAAAUAUUUUUUAUUCAAAUGUAUGACUUGCUAGCCCAUCUCAUAGAUAUGAAUGUGAUAUUAAUGUUCAAAAUGAUUUAAGAAUUUAGUGUUAAUGAGUAUUGCAUAUGUUAAUCAUAAAUGCAUGUUCUUGAAAAAAUGAAUUGCGUUGGACUUGAACGUUGUUUAUCAUGGUUCCUGCAGUAAUGCGAGUUAUCAUUGAGGCCUGUAGCGUAAUGCUAGGUAUCAAGGUCGCGCAAUUGAAUGCAAGUUACCAAGGUCUUGCAGUGUAAUGCCAGGUGUUAUACUAUAACAUUGUUAAUAGGAUUACCUUAAGUAAUUAUCAAAAGAAGGCACCAAGCUGGGUAGUAAUGACUUAAAUUAUAAUUUAGUUACUCGACGAUUGUCAUGUUCUGUUACGACAAUACUGAACAUCAAUUGAAAUUACGAGCUUAGAGCACAUUUACACAUUUGGAUAUGUUAGAUAGUAAACAGCCUAAGUAAUCAGUCGGAUCUUUAGUAUUUCCACUAAUUAGUUGUACCAGUUCUUAAAAUGCCAAAUUUGAAGUGACUUUAGCUACAAAAGCAGAGAUUGAAUUUUUAAAUGAUUUACUGUACAGUACUUAGCAAUAUUUUUAAAUGUGAGAAAACUUAAAAUUAAUAGGUAAAGAAAAUAAAUUUAUUACAUUGAACAUUAAAUACAUUUUAAGUAUUGUAUGUCAUUUAUAAUGGUUGAAGCCAACAAAUUUUAGUGCUUUCAAAAGAAAUAUGGUAGGUAAUUUUCUUAAGCAAAUACUGUACGGUAUUUAGAUUGUUUCAAGGUACCCCCCGCCAGGUCAAACUACUGACUCCUUCAAGGAUGUAACCCCACAUCAGUUGCCUAACUCCAGGGUACCCAUUUACUGCAAGGUGAAUAAAGGCAUUAGGUAAAAGGAAACUACCAUUUCUGUCUCAUCCGAGAAUCGAACCCAGGAUCCCUGACUGGAAUGGUAAGAAAAGGAAUGUACUCUAUAUAGUAUAUCCUAAUACCCUGAUAAACUAGCUUUCUCACCUUGUAAACCCCCCCCCCCCCCCGAGCCUCAAUAUUGCCAGUUACAUUUGCUUUCGUUACAAGUGAUGAUUUAUUCACCUAUCUCCAUGGGAAAAUUUUGACGGUACAACGUUGAGAUUCCAUAUCACAUUAUCUAUUGGAUAUUGUUGCUUUAUUCAGUUUCCACCUUGUCUAUGUAUUAUAUUUAUGUGGGUGCAUUACAGGUUGUCCAGUAAAUGGUUAGUGUUUUACUAGCUGUCUUCUGUGUAAUAUUUUUGUACCACAUACACCUGUAUUUUAGGAAGAUAAUUUCAUUAUGUACAUUCAUGGUUUUGGCACAUUUAUUCAAGUGCAGUAAAUCCCCAAAAAAUCCUUGUAUGUGGAAUAACUAUUCUGGAGCAACAUCAAAUUCACCAAUUGUUUAUAACUGUUAUCUGUUUGUCAUUGUCUCACAUGUUUGAAAAUAAUUGUUCCCCCCCAAGGAAGGCUUUAAAAAAUGUCUACUGACUUUUGUCGGUUUUCUUUUAUUAAAUGCUUUUCAGUGGCUGUGAUAUCCGGUGAACACCAUUGCAUAUCAGACAAAGUUUUUAUGGCACAAUGAAUAUUUCUUGUUAUGAGGCAAUGUAUCCUCUCCUUAACCAAGAUGAUUGAUAAAUCAUCUAGUGAGGGGGGUGUAGCCUUGAAUUGUAUCUCAAACAUUUAUAUAUUGCAUUGCUGCUCCAAAAAUUGCUUUAUGCAUGCCUUGAUGCUAGGGUAUAACCCUAAUGCCUUUGCUAAUGGUACCUCUAAAGCUUCACGAAUGUUGUAUGUGUGUUUUUUUUUUUUUUUUUUUUAGCAAGAAGUUUCAUUUAAUUUAUAUUUGAUAUAUUUCUCAAAACCAUACCAUACUGUAAAUUUUUAUUAUUGUAACUAGCAGCUCUUAAGAUACCAAAUUCUUCAUAAUUAUAGCUUAUUCAGAUUUCACCCUCUGAUCAUUCUCUAAAGCAUUGUUAUGGGUUUUACUUCUUGUUGUAUAAUUCAACCUUCUACCCAGAAUGAUUACGGUUUUGAGAUAUAAUAAAAUCUACAUAACUGGCAUCCCCUCUACCUGCCUUAAUCCUUGCCAGUAAUGUCAACACUAUUUGAUGGGCCUACCUACUACUCCCUCUCCAAUCAACACUACCAUAGCUUUCACCACUUAUGUCAAUGAGCCUACUUUUCUAUAUCAUCACAAAUUUGAACAAGAUGGAAACUCCAAAUACAAACGAGUCAAAGUAAUGCUAGAUGAUGCUUGUACCCAGCAGUAGUGGUAAAGUGAAAUACACUGAAAGAAGUGUAAGCCAUCCACAAUUUUAAGGCCAAUUAUGACUGAUUUUGAACAUCGGUUAAAAUAAAAUGCAACAGGUAGAACAAGGCUAAUAGGCAAGGGAUAAUGCGCUAGACCUCACUUCUGUAGUUUGUAUUAGGUAAACACCGUUAUCACCGGGAGAUAAACAAAGAGGACCAGUGGAAGUUGUAGUACUGAAAGGUCACACUUGGUCCUUCAAACCAUUUCCAUUAUUACUUGCAGGACGAGUAUGAUGUUCAUAACAAAUGAACUGAGCAAACCUUACAUAGUUGUGUUGGUAAGUGGAAUGCCCUGGAAGAACAGCUUGUGUAGUGUCACUGUAGUUCACAACAUUUAAGAAAAUAUUAAAAAGACCACAGCUGCCAAUAUUGCCACCACCACCCUUUCAAUCACAUCUAAUACUAUGAUGGAAGGAAAGGUAGGCCUAUCACUACCCUAUAAUCAUUGUAUCCCCUAUUCAUUUUUUUUAUCCUGAUAUUUGACAGCUUGGGGAGACCCCUUGUGAUUAGAUACAACUGAGAAUUGUGUAUUUUAUGCUUCAUUUGGGGAAAUAUGUGCAGUAUUUUCUAGAAAAGUGCUUCAAAGUUGAUCAGAGUAAAUUUGCAAAUCACAUGGCUAAAUUUGUGUGCAUUUUGAUGUUCUGUUACAUAGGUUAUAUAUGUUAUUGUUACUAAAUGAAUGUCUUGUGCUACACUUAAAGGUUUGCCCCUAAAAUUAGCCCAAUGCUUAAAAGUUGCACAUUUUUUAGCAAAGCACCAAAUUAUUAAUUUUUUGUGUAUUGUAAUUUUCUGUAAAAAAUAUAUACUAGGAGCUAUGUUCAUGCACUUUUUUUUUUUUUUUUUUGUUUUUUGUUUUUGUUUGUUUUUCCCACCCCCACAGGAGAUUUUGAAUAUUGAUGCUUGUACUGUUUUAAAAAGUGUCUACGGGCUCACCAUAGCCCGUGCUACCUAGAACUUUUUGUUCCAGGUAGCGAAUCUUAAACAACAACAAUUUAAAAAGUGAAUGUUCUAUUUUAGUAUAAUUUUAUCUUAAUAUACCUUCAUUGCUUUGAAGUUAGAGACUUUCAGGAUUAGUUACAAAUUUUACAUAAUGUGAAAAAAAUGUGUUUAACAAAAUGUCAAUAAAUGCAACAAUUUAACAAAUGUUGAACUGUUGCAUUUAAUGAAGUUUGAGAAAUUGCAUGAAAAUGGAGAGCCAGGUACUAAGCUAUGAAGGAUAUUUGUCCAAAGUUCAUUGCUGAACUGCAUAACAAAGAUGGUGGUUCUCAUGGCUAGGAUUACAGCGUGGUCUUAAAAGCAGGGUCUUAAAAUUUUCAUCAAGGAUGAUCUUCCAAAAUAUUUUUCAUUAAUAAAGUAUUCUCAAUAAAGAGCGCCUGGUGAA